CUUGAACCUUAGGCCAAGAGAGGUCUCAAGCAUCACUCCGAGGGACCAUCUACAUCAAAAUCUUUAUCAUUCGGUAUUUUUUUAUGCAUUCAUACUAAUGUAAACGACGUCUUCGGUUCAUAUUGAUUCUUACUAGACGACUCGAUUGACCUCCAUUUCUUUUUUUAAGUCGCGUAAUUUCAAUGCCUGCAUCUUCAUCACAAAACAAUAGAUACGCAUUUAUAUUUUCGUAGCAGAAAUGGAUUCCUCAAAUUCGCAGAAUGCUAUGGCCUCUGCAAGCGGCGAUUCAAAUGAAACCCAGCAAAUAGAAAUGGUCUCAUAUAUGGAUCUUCGUUUUCAUGAUGCUGCUGCUAAUGGUGAUAUCAACGGAUUCAAUAAUUAUUCCGGGCCGGAUCUUUCUUCUCUACUUACACCAAGCAAAAAUACGAUCCUCCAUAUUUUCAUUUCUUCACGCAAACCAAAAUCAGAAUCAUCAAUUGCAUUUAUCGUACAAGUCCUUAAUAAGUGCCAAUCACUACUUUGUCAACCCAACAUUAAAGGCGAAACUCCAUUGCACAUCGCGUCAAGGUUAGGGCAUGAAGAUAUAGUGGAAUUUCUUAUAGAUCGGGCAAAAACAAUACGGGAUGAACAAAACGACAUCGAAAUUGGAGCGGAAGCAGCGAGGCAAAUGGUGAGAAUGAUAAGCGUAGAAAAGGAUACGGCGUUACAUGAGGCGGUGAGAAAUAAUCAUAUCGGAGUGGUGCGAAUUUUGACAAGAGAAGAUCCUGAGUUUGAGUACUUAGCUAAUGAUGUAGGAGAAACUCCACUUUACCUUGCUGCAGAGAGAGGGUAUGAUGAUAUUGUUACUCAUAUUUUACAAACUUGCACUUCUCCAACUUAUGAUGGUCCUUUCGGCAGAACUGCUCUGCACCUUGCCGUAAUCAACAAAAAUUUAGCAAUGACAAGAAAAAUAUUGGAAAGAAACCGAAAUUUAACAAAAGAAGUAGACGAACAAGGCUGGACUCCUCUCCACCAUGCUUCACACUCAUGUAACCUACCAAUAGUGCAGCUGCUACUACAGUUUGAUAAAUCUACUGCUUAUAUUCGAGACAAAGAUGGAAAGAAGACGCCCCUUCAUAUUGCAGCUUUAUGUGGUGCAACCCAUAAUUUGAUUGCGAAAACUAUUAUUUCUCAUUGUCCUGAUUGUUGUGAAAUUGUUGACGAGAGAGGCAGAAAUGCUCUGCAUUUUGCUGUGGAGAGCCGUAGCGUCCCAGGAGUACGUUUUCUCCUUCGAAUUCCUUUAAUUUGCAAUCUUAUAAAUCAAAAAGACAAUGAUGGUAACACGCCAAUUCAUUUGCUCGCGUCUAUGGGCUGUAAUUGUUACCCACUCUUGAGCCACCCUCUUGCUGAUAAAAAGCAGUUAAUAAGCAAAUCAAUUGUAGCAAGUAUAUUGAAGAAAGCUGGUUGCAAAAGGAGUCUUCGAAAUAAAAUAAAGAUAGAACAAAAUCGAGCUUUAGUAGUAAGAAGUGUAAGCUUCGAUGAAUUCAAGAAAGCAAAAGAUGCCCAUUUAAUAGUAGCAACGCUCAUAGCAACAGUGAGUUUUACAGCAGGUGUCAAUAUGCCUGAUAGUUACAAGAAUGAAGACCCAGAUAUUGCGAUACUUACUUUUUUUGUAUCCGAUACCUUAGCGCUCGUGUUUUCCACUACUGCGGUGCUUCACCACUUUUUAUUUGCAAUGCAAGGAAAUAAGGAGUUAUCUUUUUUCUUACUCGUAUGUGCUUCUGUACUUACCCUUCUUGCAAUGGCGCUGAUGGUGGUGGCAUUCGCAACUGGUACAUAUGCAGCAUUACCAAUUCACUCGGGUCUUGGAGCUGUGAUUUGUGCCAUCACUGGUUGCUGUUUUAUUUACUCUCUAUUUAUGACACUGCGCACGAUGCCCCUCUAUCUAAAAGGAGAAGCCAAAUCUGAAUUGCAGGAGCAUGCUUGAAUGUGUUUAAAAUUGAAGCAUAACUGAAAGGACUAGAUGUUAAGCUGGAUUGAUAAUAGUAAUGUGUUUAGUUGUGUUUGCUUUAAGGUCUUCCAAACAUGAUUUACUUGAGUUUGAUUUAGUUGUAUGUGAUCGUAAGGCUAUUUUAGGCCGUAAUAUAAGAGUUUAUUCCUUAGUUAAAGACAAGCUAAUGUAAGAGUUCAUUUCUUAUCUAAAGUCUCUUAUAUGUACGCUCGUUUCCAAGCGUGAGAUUCUAUUCUCUCUAUAAUAAGAUUACACAUUUCAA